UUUCGUUUUUGGCAGUUUAUCGCAGUAUAGCUUUUCUGAGCCGCAAUGUCUGGCCGUGGAAAGCAGGGCGGCAAGGCUCGCGCCAAGGCCAAGACGCGCUCGUCGCGGGCCGGGCUGCAGUUCCCGGUGGGCCGCGUGCACCGCCUGCUCCGCAAGGGCAACUACGCCGAGCGGGUGGGGGCCGGCGCGCCGGUGUACCUGGCGGCCGUGCUGGAGUACCUGACGGCCGAGAUCCUGGAGCUGGCGGGCAACGCGGCCCGCGACAACAAGAAGACGCGCAUCAUCCCGCGCCACCUGCAGCUGGCCAUCCGCAACGACGAGGAGCUCAACAAGCUGCUGGGCCGCGUCACCAUCGCGCAGGGCGGCGUCCUGCCCAACAUCCAGGCCGUGCUGCUGCCCAAGAAGACCGAGAGCCACCACAAGGCUAAGAGCAAGUAGUGGCCUAUAUGAUAGUUUACGGUAGCUCGAAUAAGUCGAGUCCAAACCCAAAGGCUCUUUUCAGGGCCACCUAUCUUUUCUGAAAAAGAACUUAGCAUUUCUUUGACACUAAGGAAGGAAGUGAGAUGUAGGGAAAUUGGGUCACUCUUAACGAACCUGUCUUGGGUUGAAAGCAGGACGCCAUAGAUGAAAGCCUAACGUGCAAAGCGGGGUAGAUUUCAGCCCAUGGCGGUGAUUGGGGGUAGACUUUUUCGGUAUCUUCAUUGUUUACGUAGCCUUUCGGGUAAUGAUAUUUGGCGCAAAAAAAGUUGCCCUCCCUGACUUGGGCGGACGGCGCAGCGAGCAGCCGGCCACCGGCGGCGUCAAGAAGCCGCACCGCUACCGGCCCGGCACGGUGGCCCUGCGCGAGAUCCGCCGCUACCAGAAGUCCACCGAGCUGCUGAUCCGCAAGCUGCCGUUCCAGCGGCUGGUGCGCGAGAUCGCGCAGGACUUCAAGACCGACCUGCGCUUCCAGAGCUCGGCCGUGAUGGCGCUGCAGGAGGCGUGCGAGGCCUACCUGGUGGGGCUCUUCGAGGACACCAACCUGUGCGCCCUCUGCGCCAAAGGCGUCACCGUCAUGCCCAAAGGCCAUGCAGUUCGCCUACAGGCGGACGGAGAGCUUCAGGGCCCGAUUGUCGUGCGCCAUCCCAAGGCUGGCCGCCACGUCCAGCCUUCCUAACAGUACCUAAGUUUUGAGACACUGACCUCGCCAGCCCCCCUCCGUGUUGGCAAAUGAAUGAAAUACUGGGAUUACGCUGGUAGGUAGGACACCGUUCUGGAGCCCGAGAAAUGUUUCUCCCGUUUGGGAGGAGCCUAAAAUCGUCAGUGCCGUUGGUUGCUUCCGGGUAGUUAUUUCUGUCCCACUUUGUUAGUUCCCACAACUAUUGCCAUUGAAAUGUAAAGUGUAGUUAAUCGCACAGGCUGUUCCGCCUUACAGGCUUCAAGGUCCAGGUGGAGUAAGGAAAAUCCUAUAAAUAGAGGAUUGUAUGGUUUGACCAAGGAAUGCUUCUGAAUGGAGAGGUGGAGUGUGCUGUGGCUCCCGACGACCCAGGUCUCUCCGCCCAGCUGACGCUGAAGUGUGGAAGGAGGUUGAUUGACGUGACUUACUUUUGUUGCUGUUGUCACCAAAUAAGGAAAACUCCCUCAAUGGUUUUGAUUGCCCAGGGCACAAUCUUGCCUCCUACUUUCUGUGCGCUGGACCCCUGUCACGGAUGUCAUCUCAAAAACGGGGAGAAAAACGUUCUUCGCUUUUUUUCUUGAAUGUCACGGACGACGUUGGCUGCCUGAUGACAUUUAUGGAAAUUCUUCUUAGGAUAACAUUUCAAGGGUAUAAAAUGCAAACAUUGCAAAAAAAUGUUUAUUCCACUUCUUAUCCAAAUUUCAAAAACUAAUAAAUUUGGUAGGAGGGAUCAAUGUGUUUAUAUAGUUAGCACAUUCCAUAAUACAGUCUUUUGGAGACAUCUGUGAUUUCCAGUGGGUGACAAAGUCACAGGUACUGAAAUUGACGGCCCAAUGUCGUCAUAAAGGGAAAUGCUAAAGUUCAGUCAGAGGCGAAGUGUAUUUUUCCCCAUCCCAACUCACAGGCUUCCCCCCCUUAUCAGCACCACCACCCCAUCCACAGGCUCCUGAUUUUUUUUUCCCUUGGAGGUAUUGUGGCGUAUAUGGACUCCAGGUUAAAAGCAUUUGCUCUCAAAUUUGGUUGACCUACCCGUUAUUUUUCCACCCGAUAAAAUUUGGGGGUGAUGGUGGUGGGGUGGUUAGGAACUGACGGCCAAGAAAGAAUUCUUGAAGACGUCUUUGGUGCAAAAACGUGAUUUUCUUAAAGCACAGGGACAGGACCCGCGGGCAGGAAGAGCUAUAUGGGGUCGUGACGGGUAGCUCAUUAUAUAUCCUCAGGUUGGGAGGGGGUCAGGGAUAGAGUAAGUCUCUAGGGUAUUUUGGAAGCAAGGUUUCCGGGGCCUUGAGGGGCUGGUGUUGCGAGGAAAACACCGUUUAUCAACGUUUUAACACUCGAAGUCUAUGAAUAUCUCAUAUUAAUAUUCACACCCUUCAGUUGUUUCUAUUUCUUGUACUUAAAAUAUAAUUACUGCGAA